AGAGUUAACAAAACCGCGCGAACCAGAACAAGAAAACGAGAGGAUCAGUAACAGAACAAACCUCCGAACCCUAAAAAAAUGUCGGAGAAAUUGGCUCCUGAAGAACGACACAGUUUCGUUCACAACGGUGAAAAGGUAUUUGAAUGGGAUCAAACCCUAGACGAGGUCAAUGUUUACAUAAAUUUACCGCCGAAUGUUCACUCCAAGCAGUUUUACUGUAAGAUUCAGUCCAAACACGUCGAAGUUGGGAUCAAAGGCAACCCUCCUUAUCUCAAUCAUGAUUUGUUCUGCCCCGUGAAGACGGAUUCGUCUUUUUGGACACUAGAGGAUGACAUAAUGCACAUAACAUUGCAAAAGAGGGACAAGGGUCAGACUUGGCCGUCACCUAUACUAGGUCAGGGUCAGCUAGACCCCUAUGCAACUGACCUUGAGCAGAAGCGCCUCAUGCUCCAGAGGUUUCAGGAAGAGAAUCCAGGCUUCGACUUCUCUCAAGCUCAGUUUACAGGGAACUGUCCUGAUCCAAGGACUUUUAUGGGUGGUAUCCGUUCUGAUUGACAGUCUUCAUGUACUGGGUUGAUGAUUUACAUUGCCCUGUUAUCAAAUCCUGACCGCCACUUAGUAAAUAGCAAUCUAAUGUGCUUUCUCCCCUUGGUCGUAAGGCAUGACGUAACUUAUUAACUCAGCCAUCAAUUUGUGAUGACAGUAUUGCUACUAUGUGGUUUGUGAUCAAUAUGUUCAAAUGCACCAUAAGAAAUUGGGUUUA